CUCCGCGCGAUGAUAAGCUCAGCCGUAUCUGCCUCAGCCGUCCAGUGGAGCGCCUGCUGCGCUGCGGGAAAGCAGAUCUUUCUGCUCGGCUGAUGAAGUCCGUGCUGCCGCUGUUUGUGCUCCUCCACACCUGUGCCCAGAGCUUCAGUAUUCACAUAGUCUCCAGUCCCCUGUUUGUCACUGUCCAGUCUGACAUAUGGCUUCCAUGUAAUUUCACUGGCUUGUCCGAUGAUGUUGAUUUUCAGAAGCUAAAAGUUACAUGGACAAGACAGUCAGUGCCAGUGGCUCAGUAUAAGUGGGGCAAGGUGUCUGGUGGGCUGAGGUUCAGUUUGCAAGAAGAUCGUUUGAAGGCUGGCGAUGCAUCUCUGCACCUGAGUCCAGUGUCCAUGAAGGAUGAGGGUCAAUAUUGGUGUCGUGUUGAAUAUAAAGCAGAGAAAAUGGACAGUGAGGUCUACCUCAGGAUCAGAGCUCCUCCUCAGGUCCAUGUCACCUUGAGGUCAAAUUCACAUGGAUCUGAUGGGGUCAUUAACUGCAGCGCCACAGGUUUCUACCCUGCAAACAUCAAGUUCACCCUCCGGCAGGGCAGCGAGAUGUUGAAGUCCGAGAGUCCUUCAGCACGGAGUGAGCCAGAUGGGACAUUCAGUGCCUCAAGUGCCCACUUCUUCAAUUGGAGCACCAGGGUUGGAGAUCCGUUCUUUUGUGAAGUGAACCAUGAUGCUCUGGAAGAGCCAAUCAGGACGGACUCCAGAAGAGAGUCUCCUGGAGUGCUGCUGACCAUGGCAGUGCCAAACCUUGAUAGCGUGGUGGUCUGCCUAUGUGAUGAAACCCAAGAAUCUGUGAAGAAAUUCAUCUGGAGGAAGGAUGAAACGAUCCUCCUGAUAGACACCCCCCACACCUUGAGAAGUUUGGAUGGGCACAAGUCCGUAAUGAGUCGCUACCGCUUCACCCCAAACGGCCAAGAGAAGUUGUCCUGUGAGGUCCAUUAUGUAUCAGGGCUCUCUGAGAGGAAAUUUGUACAGUACACAGGACACUCUCGGGUAAAGAUUGCUGGAGCUGGAGUGGUCAUCCUUAUUCCUCUUCUCCUUCUACUCCUCAUCAUCGUACGGCAGACAUCAGUGUCCCUCACGCCUCUCAUUCCUGUUCAUCUGAGAAAGAGUGAAACUCAUUCAAUCACCUGCACGCUGACUGGCUGGUGUCUCAGGCUGAUCAGUCUGCGGUGGUCAGUCAACGGUAAAAGAAUUGAAAUGGAACCUCUGGAUGGUGAGAAAGGGGAUUUUGAUGAGAAGUUGUGGUUGUCAACAGACAAAACCACUAAUUUCUCCAUGAAGAAAGGUCCUACCAAGAUGAGCUGCUGCCAAGGAGAGACUACCAUCACCUUUAAAUUCACACCAGAGAAACUAGAAUCAGAAAACAGCCUGAUCCGGUGCCGGGCCCUCCACAGGCUGACCAGACGGCGGGUGAUAGCCCAGUACUUGUAUGAAAGUAAAAUGUGACUGACUGCCAGUAGGUGGUCAGUGUGGACCUGGAGUGCAGGAUGACUUGUCAUUAGGUGCUCCCCUCUUCCCUGACUCUUCCCCCUUACAUGAGGCCACUGGUCCUACCUCUCACAGUCAUGUGAUCUGUAGGCUCCUCCCCUUUGCAGUGACCUUGACCCCAUUUCCCCAUU